AUGGCAGUAGCAGCCAAUCGCAAGCCGCGGAAGUGGGCCUCUGGUGCCAGCUCAGCAACAGGAUCAGUCGCAGGUGACGAUCUGGAACGUGACUAUAGUGAAAGGGCUCUGCCAGUCUACGGUAUCCACAGCGGUCAAAGGAGCGCUCCUGUAAGCGAUGUUCCUCAACAGCAGCAGGCAGCAGGCCUGUACAUGCAUGGGAUGCCAGGUGCUUCUCCAGGUCCUGGCUCAGGUGCCUUUUCAGGUGGUUAUGCAGCAGGAGGUGGGCAGGGGGAGAACCCCCCCUGGCCCCUCCUCCUGGCCGGGUGGUGAUGGGCAGCAGGAGGCGGCUGGCAGGGGGGGAAGGGAGGGCGUGCAGCAACUGCUGAAGCAGCACCAAGAAAUGCCAGAAGGCUUAUUCAACCCUUCUUAGUUUCCAUUCAGCUCCUUGAUUUCGCUGCAGGGCUUUCACCUGUUGGUAGAGUCCUUUGCAGUGUGCUAACUGGUAGUGUUGCGUCGUGUUGGUUUGGAUUGUGGGAAAGGUGAAAAUAAGGCUUCCAGGCCGUAGAAUUUUGAAGCCAUUGCGGACUAGCCUUCUUCUGAGUGUGAGUUCACCUUGUUAUGCUGGGCCUUAUU